AUGUUCAAUGGCAAAGAUGCGAUGAUAAAAUGGGCGCGUGAAGUUGCAAGGAGGAAUGGAUUCGUAUUAGUGAUCAAGAGGUCAACAAUGACUGAGAAGCGAAGAAAACUUCGACUUACCCUUGCAUGCGAGCGAAGUGGAAAAUAUAGAAAGUUUGUCAAAGCUGAUCAUGAUAUACCCGAGAAUAAGAGAAGAAAGGGAAUCGGAACAAAAAAAUGUAACUGUCCAUUUAUACUGAAAGGGAAUAAAGUUUCAGACAAAGACGAAUGGAUGUUGCAUGUAGUGUGUGGAGUUCACAAUCAUUUAGCGGUGGUGAAUAUGGAGGAACAUUCGUUUAUUGGGCGGUUAAGUCUUCAAGAAAGUAAUCUUAUUGCCGACAUGUCAAACUCUAUGGAAAGGGCCGGUAGGAGUCAAAUGCAAAAAAUGUUGGGAAAGUUGAAAGAGAGAAAAUAUCUUGAAUGGCAUAGAUGGAAUGAUGAUACACAAACAAUGAGAGACUUGUUUUUUGCACAUCCAACAAGUGUUGACUUGUUACGUACCUUCCCUGAGAUUUUGAUAAUGGAUUGUACGUACAAAACGAAUCGUUACCGACUUUCGUUGCUUGAAAUCGUUGGGAUAACAUCUACUAACUUGACAUUCUCAGUUGCAUUUGUCUACUUAGAGGCUGAACGCAAAGACAAUUACAUAUAG